AUGUCUUUCAAAGCUUCCCCUUGGCAAUUUACAUCGCUGACAGCUCUAAUUUCCAAAUUGUUUAGUCAUUGCUGCCGUAUCGAAAAUAGGGUUUCAUAAUUUAACUUAAAAUAGUUUUGUGAAAAUGCCGGAUUAUUUGGGAGAUGAUCAGCGCAAAAUUAAAGCUGAUGAGACCGAAGAAAAAGAAAUAAAAUCGCUGGAUGAAGGCGAUAUUGAGCUUUUGAAGACAUACGGUCAGAGUCAAUACCAUAAGGCCAUUAAAACCAUUGAGGAAGAUAUCCAGAAAGCUGUGAAGCAAGUAAACGAGCUUACAGGAAUUAAAGAGAGUGACACCGGACUAGCACCACCAGCCCUUUGGGACUUAGCAGCUGAUAAACAGAUAUUACAAAAUGAGCAACCACUUCAAGUAGCGCGUUGCACAAAAAUAAUUAAUGCCGAUUCGGAUGAUCCGAAAUAUAUCAUAAAUGUAAAACAAUUUGCCAAGUUUGUUGUGGAUUUGGCAGAUUCAGUAGCGCCAACUGAUAUUGAGGAGGGCAUGCGUGUUGGUGUCGAUCGCAACAAGUAUCAGAUACAUAUUCCACUGCCUCCAAAAAUUGAUCCCACUGUCACAAUGAUGCAGGUAGAAGAUAAACCAGACGUAACGUACAGCGAUGUGGGAGGCUGCAAGGAACAGAUCGAAAAAUUACGAGAGGUAGUAGAAACGCCACUUUUGCAUCCGGAAAAGUUCGUUAACCUUGGUAUUGAGCCUCCAAAAGGAGUGCUGCUUUUUGGUCCUCCUGGAACAGGUAAAACUUUGUGUGCUCGGGCAGUGGCUAAUCGUACAGAUGCCUGUUUUAUACGUGUUAUCGGUUCAGAGCUUGUUCAAAAGUAUGUGGGCGAGGGCGCGCGUAUGGUUCGUGAACUAUUCGAAAUGGCCAGAUCAAAAAAAGCUUGCUUAAUAUUCUUCGACGAAAUUGAUGCAAUUGGUGGAGCACGUUUCGAUGAUGGCGCUGGCGGCGACAAUGAAGUGCAGCGUACCAUGUUGGAGUUAAUUAAUCAGUUGGAUGGAUUCGAUCCUCGUGGUAACAUAAAAGUGCUUAUGGCUACCAACAGACCUGAUACACUUGAUCCUGCACUGAUGCGACCUGGGCGUUUGGACCGCAAAGUAGAAUUUGGGCUUCCUGACUUGGAGGGGCGCACGCAUAUUUUUAAAAUUCAUGCCCGUUCUAUGUCUGUAGAGCGUGAUAUACGUUUCGAAUUACUCGCACGUCUUUGUCCAAAUUCGACUGGAGCUGAAAUCCGUUCGGUAUGUACUGAGGCGGGCAUGUUUGCAAUACGUGCUCGCCGUAAAGUCGCUACAGAAAAGGACUUCUUGGAAGCAGUCAAUAAAGUCAUUAAGAGCUACGCUAAAUUCAGCGCUACUCCACGUUAUAUGACAUAUAAUUAAACAUUAGUAUCUAGUAUUUUCUUUAAUGUACUCUACCAAACAGAACAUUCACAAGUUCGUAAUAAAACAAUAAAGAAAUCGUUAAAAUCAA